AUGGUAAGAUCCAGACCUAACCACCAGAUCAUUGCUGCCCAAGUAGGUGGCGGGAAGAAGAUCAUCGCCAGCCGAGACUUGUCAAGUGGCGACCUCAUCUUGAUCGAUGAGUCGUUAUGUGAACUUCUGAUCAGCCUUGCCGAAGUGCAUGAUCCAGAUCACUCCUACACUACUGACGCCAGAUUCAGUGGAACAUCAGCUAUGAUCAAAGCUAGGGAGCGCAUGACAGACGCUCAGCGUACAGCUUUCGACAAGCUUCAAAGCGAAGGCAAAACGACCCAAGGUAUCUUCAGAUCCAAUGCUUUCGGGGACGAAGAGAUCAGGGAUGGACCCAACGCUGUGGUUAUCUGGAACGCCAACCUUGGCCGUGCCACCGUAAGAGCUAUCACCACGAUUAGCAGCGACGACGAGAUCUUGCUUGAUUAUCUUGGCAGUGCAGAAACCACGUAUCAGAAGCGGCUGCAGCGAAGACAUGCUUUACAGGCUUGCUGGGACUUUCGUUGUCUUUGUGUCAUCUGCGAUGCGACGCUGGCCGAGGUCAGACGAGGCGACCAACUCCGACUCAAUGCGAAACAACUAUACGGCAGUCUGAAUGACGAAGAACAGCGAGGUGCGGAGGCAAACGCUCAGGAUGUCCUCAACAGGCGCAUUCAGGAUGGGCUUCACUACAUACGUGCCGUGGAGGAUCUCAAAAUGCGUGACGAGAAGCUGGCUUCGGCCUAUCAGCAUGUUGCUGCCUUGCACGUCAAGGAUUACGAAGUGGCAAAGACUGUUGGUAACGGUCAUUGUGAAGAGUGCGAUGAAGAAGGCAGGCCUAAUCACCAUCUUAUGAAAGCACUGGAGAUGGCGGAAGCGAGCUUCAAGGAUUUCUUCUUGUGCUACGGGCAGGAUCAUCCUGACACAAUGGCGCAGGAAGAAAUAAUGAUGGGUUUGAGGAGAAGGCGGGCGCCGAUCAGAAGACCUUCCUUAACGUUCUGA